UGGAAUGUACAAGGAAGUUGGGGAAAGGGAAUACGUAUUCUGCUCCACCGUGAAAAUCGUAUCACUGAUUCAGCGCCCCCUUUCGAGGUUCCAAAAACCAUCAAUCAACCCGGCAACGAAAAAAAAAAAAAAAAAAUCGCAUUCGCUCUUAUUACCUACAGUAAGACUGCGGAGUUAGGGUACAUGAAAUUACAUCACGAAGCACCUUAGUCUACUUGCUCUAUCAAGUGCCCUAGACACGUACUACUGUUCGCUAUUGGGUCUUUUCAAACCCACCACCACUUUCCGCUUUCUACAUACGACGUACGACACAAAUAUGAUCGCCUUACUUACUCAGUCAAGAGUCAGCAACCCCAGAGCUUAACUUACAGGGAAAACAAAGGGCCUGUCGUAAUAUACAGUUUUGAACUUCUGAUAAACAAAUACCUCAUCCGACAAAAAGCAGGGGUACCAGAAUCACCAAGUCCCUGACCUUCUGGGCAUGCAGUCCGAUCCACGCCCACUCACACACACACACACACAACACGCUGCGAUAAAAUACCCGCGUUCGCGUUAAUUGAUUUUUACCGUUUUAGAUGUUUCGCGUCACAGACCCCCCCUUGGCCCCCGUGGACUUGGUUCGAUGACCAAGCCCAUGCUAUUGGCGGCAGCCCUGCUCACCUAAUGUCGGUCUACAGUUCUGGAACCUAACGGCAGAGACAGACAGACACGCGAAUUGCGGAGACGUAUCAGCCUUGGUUUACUACUCCAUGGCACAAGUUACUCCGUAAGCUAAGGUUUUUUUUUUUUUUUUUAUUUCGCAGGUACUUUCCCUCCUCGUGGCCUCUAUUGGUAGCAUUCUGGAUUGAGCAAGAAUUCGCAUCCCUUCCAUCAACUUCCUGGUCACCCCUCAAUUAGCCUCGUAUGUGGCACUUUCCUCGUGCGGACAUGGGUGCCCAGCAACCGAGUAACCAGACAGAUCGACUCGAGAUGAAGAUGGGACAACAAUAGCGCUAUGGCUUUUCCCUCAAUCCCUGACCUGACCGCCGACCGACCUGUUAUCCGCCUUUUUUUUUCUUGGUACCACGAGAGCGGCUUGAGAUGCUACCCUCGCUGUCAAAUGGACCCAAGAGGUCAUAAAGACACCCAUCACUUUUUCUUACUAUCUUUUCUUUCUUUUUGCACUGUGUUGAAUGUUGCCCUGUUCGGCGGGCCGCUUAGACUCGUCCGGAUCCAGCUACAAACAAAAGGAUUUCUCAGCACGCUGGGCAAAGAUGGGAAGGGACCAAGGGUACCUACAUCGCGGCAGGAAAGAAGAAGAAAAAGGUAGGAAAAUUAAGACAAAGCAACCCCCCAUGGCAUUUACUCUCAAACGGCUGUCAAAUUUGAACCCAAGAUUUGCAUGCAAUUUACCCUUGCUCCACCUAGCAAGCGACCACUUUCACAAGUUGCAAAUGUUAACAGCUGCCGCUAUUAUCUCUCCUUCUGACUCUUGACUUUUUUCAUCUCUCGUUCCCUCCAUAAGCCUCCCUAAAAGGUAGGUUGCCGCGGAGGUCUUUUUACAGUGGCUCCAUCCAUGCCGCUCACUCACAUCCUUGAAAAAGGUUUACACCCCCGACGGGCGUUGCAUUCGAAAAAGCGAGUCCACUGAGGCCGAAGGUCGUCGUUGGCUCCGGACAAAAAAAAACCUGCCUUGUCAUUCAUCCAAAUCCGCCUCUGGUGUUGCAUGCCAUGAUAGACUCCUCUUUCUCAUCUAAAGUUCUUUUUUUCUCCCUCGCCCCCGCUCUGCCAGCUUGCAGUACCAAGGUAGAUGAUGAAAAAUGGCGUAUAUGGUGUGGCCUUUUGUCUCCGAGCGGGCGUUCCACCCGCCCUUGUUCCGGUCAGCGCAUGAGUGGCAAAGAUGGCUGAAUCUGCGGUUGUUCGGCUAGCAUUUAAUAUACAGUACAGUACAAAAUAUAAACGCCAAAGCCUUGCAAGAAUUUGUGCAUGGGCCCCAGACAGCCAGACAGUAAUUACUCUGUGGCACGGCGUACACCGCCCUGCGGUUUCCGAGCCUCUGCAUCAAAAAGGCAGCCGGACCUUGCACAAGGAGAGAUGUGAUAUGAUACGCAUGCAGGAGAAGAAAAGUCUCCUGGUGUUAGUCUCCUGGUGUUUUUGGUGUCCUGUGCAGCAGAUCACCAGGAGGUUGCCUGUCGCCCAAUGGACUGACCAGCGGUGAUCAGCAGAAAGAAAAAUGAAAUAAAAUAACAAUCAACUGGUCCUAUCCCACCACACCGCACAUCACACGAGCUUUUAUUUUGGGGCGGGGGGGGGGGCCUGCCCCCUAUACUCCGUACAGGAGGUUUCAAAUAACCUGACAGCCACACACAACUCACACACACCCCCAAGACCCCAUCGCGUCGUCCUGUCUUACCCAGGGCAACGCAGGCAAGGCAGGCUAGUCGCCACCACCUAGGUACCUAGGGAAGCUUUUUUGGGCCAGUAGGGAGCCGCUGUCCAGCCGCUCUUGUUUUCUGUUUCCCCAUCCUGCUGACACUAAAUGGAGGGAGGCCCUGCAAUGGAACACCAUCUCCUCCUACUCAACAAAGCCGUCCCAAGCACCCACCCGACGAUAGAGUCACUUUUUUUUCUCCUUCUAGUUUUUGUUGUUUGCGUGAGGCAGGCAAAAAAAAAAAAAAAAAAAA